CUUUCUUUCCUUUUCUGUUCUUCUACUCAGUAGGAACUUCGCACUUUAUCUCUAACUAUUUAACCCACAGCUUCUUCUCUUUCGUGUGCGUCGAUACUUGAGAAUCGGAUGCUUGAGUUUCUGUUUCUCGAGCUGAAGCGACAGAGCUUAAGCAGUAAUCUCAAGCUUUUAAUCUAUUACACUCUCUACGACAUAACCCAUUUCUUCUUAGACAACUGGCUCCGUGGAAUGCGAGUUGUCAAUGUUCGAUUUAAACCCUUUGAAGCUUGAAGAACUUCUUCCAUUUCACUGUUGACGACACUGUGAUCACCUCUGCUUCUUCUUCUUAUUGUUUAGUUCGCUUUUGUGCUUGUUCUUUACACUGAAAGUUGCAAAAUGAGCUCCUUGAGACCUUCGGCAUUGUACCGGUUUCUUCUGACUUUCCCUUCGCUGCGAUGGAUGCCGUGUCAGACUUUAGCGUUUUUGCGAUGGCCCAGUCUUGAUGGGUUUAUGAGCAUUUUGGUGUUGGUGCUCUUAUGGUCGAUGUUUGUGGAGGUUCGCUUCAUACCUUCAUCGUCUAUGUAUCCUACCCUCCGUGUUGGGGAUCGAAUCAUCGCCGAUAAGGUGUCAUAUUACUUCAAAAGUGUUGCUGUAGAUGAUAUUGUCCUUUUCAGGGCACCUAAAAAUUUACAGGAUAUUGGAUUCAGGAAGGAGGAUGUCUUCAUUAAAAGAAUUGUAGCGAAAGCUGGUGACUUAGUUGAGGUUCAACAUGGAUUGCUCUAUAUCAAUGGGAUUGCCCGUUCUGAAGAUUUCACAGCAGAACAGCCAACAUACAGAUUGAGUGCUACUAGUGUUCUUGAACAACAUUACGGGGUAGGAACCGCCCGGGCAAAAGAUUACAACCGAUCAAUUAAUUCUGAAAGCUAAGUAUGCACUUUAUCUUCGGAUGAAUAACAGAAAGGGGGUUAUGAGCAAGAUGGAAGAAGUGGCCCGGUGGACUCCAUGUUGUUGACAUCUGAGAGCCCCAUGAUUAUAUUAACAUUUGGUUGGGCCUCAGACGGUUCACUUUCUGCUUGGUCUAUCCCUUGGUUAUUCUUUGUUUCUCUUGGGCCCUAACUUAGAAGUUCUGUAUAUCAAAUUUCUCUGAUUCGUUUAUUUGCAGUAUGUGCCUCAUCAUCAUGUUUAUGUGUUGGGUGACAACCGUAACAACAGCUGUGACUCCCAUGUUU